CUCGUCCUCCCGGCCGGGCCAAUGAGGCGCGGGGGCGGUGCUUGCGGAGAGCGCCUGCCCGGCUCGCCCGAGCUCGCCGCACCCGCCAGCCCCUCAGCCGCUGGACCCUGGCGAGCGCCUCUGCGCUGGGCUGCUGCCCCGGCCUCGAGUUGCCUGGCUGUGGAGGACUUCCACGACGCACACACACAUCUUUCGCUUUUAAAAACCGUAGCAAAGGAAUAGAAUAAGCUUCAAGCUGGCGGGAACGAUGGGUCACAUAAAGAAAGGCGAGCUGACCCAGGAAGAAAAGGAACUGCUGGAAGUGAUCGGGAAAGGUACCGUUCAAGAAGCUGGAACACUGUUAUCUAGUAAGAAUGUUCAUGUCAACUGUCUGGAUGAGAAUGGAAUGACUCCUUUAAUGCACGCGGCAUACAAAGGGAAACUUGACAUGUGCAAGCUGCUUCUGCGCCAUGGAGCUGAUGUCAAUUGUCACCAGCAUGAGCACGGAUACACAGCCCUCAUGUUCGCUGCACUUUCUGGCAAUAAAGACAUCACGUGGGUCAUGCUGGAGGCAGGUGCCGAGACGGACGUUGUGAAUUCAGUGGGAAGAACAGCGGCUCAGAUGGCAGCCUUUGUGGGUCAGCACGAUUGUGUGGCUAUAAUCAACAAUUUCUUCCCUCGAGAGAGGCUGGAUUAUUACACUAAACCCCAGGGAUUGGAUAAAGAGCCAAAACUGCCUCCAAAGCUGGCAGGACCACUGCACAAAGUCAUCACCACCACGAACCUCCACCCAGUCAAGAUUGUGAUGCUGGUGAAUGAGAACCCUCUGCUGGCAGAAGCAGCCGCUCUGGGGAAAUGCUACAAGGUGCUGGAUCUGAUCUGUGAGAAAUGCAUGAAGCAGAGAGACAUGAAUGAAGUGCUGGCUAUGAAGAUGCAUUACAUCAGCUGCAUCUUCCAGAAAUGCAUUGGUUUCCUCAAGGAAGGGGAGAAUAAACUGGAUACCCUGAUCAAAAGCUUGUUGAAAGGCAGAGCGUCUGAUGGCUUCCCGGUGUAUCAGGAAAAGCUGAUCAGAGAGAGCAUCAGGAAGUUCCCGUACUGUGAAGCCACGCUCCUCCAGCAGCUGGUUCGAAGCAUUGCUCCCGUGGAAAUUGGUUCAGACCCCACUGCGUUCUCUGUGCUUACCCAAGCCAUCACAGGACAAGUGGGUUUUGUGGAUGUUGAGUUCUGCACCACCUGUGGGGAAAAAGGAGCCAGUAAAAGAUGCUCAGUUUGCAAAAUGGUAAUAUAUUGUGACCAGACCUGCCAGAAAACACACUGGUUCGCACAUAAGAAGAUGUGUAAGAGUCUGAAAGACGUUUAUGAGAAGCAACAGUCCGAAGCUGCCAAGCAUAAGAGACAGGAGGAAAAGAAGGGAAAGCUCGAUGCCAACUCUAACCAUGUUACUGAAGAUCAUCCAGAGGCCGAAGCGAGCAUCUCCCAGGAAAAUUCCACUCCUGAUGACUCUGAGGAAAAAGCGAGAGAACCCAGAGAUGAAGCUGGACUGGCCCACACACAGGAUGCUCCUGCAGGGCCCCAGCUGUCCGAGGAGUAAGCGCUGUCAACGGUGGCCAGCGUGGGCUGUCUUCAUCCCAGCAGUUCCUGAAGAACUCAUAUGAAUGUGUCUUCAUUGGCUGUGACGCUGCAGGCGUGCCAGGACCACGCACCCUAGACUAGAGGCUUUCAAGCAAAGCUGCCUCCCACACCUUGAAUUCCUGCUCAUUUCUGUUCUAUAGAUGAACAGGCAUUUCUACGGAAAUUAUUUUCUUUCAAAAUACACAAAAAAACAUGUCCAUUCCUCUUCUGGCUCCCCAGUGAUUGUUCGCAAAGGAAAACAAAUCCCCUUAAAGGAGAUAUCUGGAUUCUAGGAAACAAGUUAAAAAAAACAGGGAAGACGUGAAAGAAAAGUGAUGUUUAGCGGGAGAGAAAUCACGGGCACAGAGCGGGCUGUCAGAAAAAGCAAAACUUACCUGUGAAUAAAGUGUAUCUGAGUAGAUUUUAUUGUCCUGAAGUUGAACGCCCAGAGCUGUAAUGAGGAACACUCUGUUCAAAGAGCUUCGCCGUAAUGCAGCCUGCUGUAGUUCAGAUAGAAAAUACCAAGAGCGCUGUGAACCCCAUGUUCUCUGCAGCAAUAAUCUCUGUAGGAUUUGAGCAUUCAGAAGGGUGUGUUAGCACUGGGUAGUCACUGUACACGCGCUUCCUGUAAAACCACACUCUUAUCCGAAAGGCCAACUUUUAUCUUCCUGUCAACUCCCAUGAGGCUUAUCCCACCCACAGACUGACGUAUAGCUGUCAUUUUAAAAGUGUCCUGUUGUGUCUUUUAGUGUAUGUGGCAUGUAAGCAAGGCUGGAGUGUUGUGUCUGAUGAAGGUGCUCCCUUUCAGUUUCCUGUUGGUGUAAAAUAAAUCUGCCCACAUACACGCUUCCUCUUGUUUCAGAGUUUGGGCCAAGGGGCCGAAUGUUAGAUAAGCUAGCAAAUUAUGAAGGAAUGACGUCAAGAUUUUAUAGUGUAAAACAACUGGUUCUUCCCUCACUCAGCUGGUCAGAUUCCUGCAUCCUGUUGAUUCUAAUCUCCCUUCCUCCCAUUUUUCUUCCAGCCCAGCAC